CCCAACCACCAACUGCUUAAAAACGACAUCAGAAUAGGCAGAAAGAGUACUUCAGUAACCGGGCAUCUACCUGUGUUACCAGCCUUUUUACUGCCUCUUUCUGCAUCUACUCCUGGAUCGCCUGCAGCUUUGGUACCCUCCUGUAUAGUGAAGUUGGAGAGCACACGAACCACUUCAGCAAAAUGACCGAAACGGAAACGAGGAAUCAUCACGAUGGCAAGCAGCAGAACGGAGGCGCCACGGCAGAAGCAUCGACGGUGGAGGAUGUUUUUGACGACGCCUAUAAGGAGAAAGAGGGUCCUAAACCGCCGAGGAUGCUGGUGUGGAGAAAUAUCAUAUUGAUGAGCCUCUUACAUAUCGGUGCGCUUUAUGGACUGGUUCUCAUUCCCAAUGCAUCGACGUCAACUCUUGCAUUCACUGCAGUGUGCUACAUGUUCAGUGCCCUCGGUGUGACUGCUGGUGCACACAGAUUAUGGAGCCACAGAUCCUACAAGGCUACACUUCCCCUGAGGGUCUUCCUUGCUCUUGGCAACUCCAUGGCCUUUCAGAAUGACAUAUAUGAGUGGGCGAGGGACCACCGCGUCCACCACAAGUACUCCGAGACGGACGCAGACCCCCACAAUGCCACGCGGGGCUUCUUUUUCGCCCACGUUGGUUGGUUGCUGGUUCGCAAACAUCCUGAUGUCAUAGAAAAGGGCAAAAAACUGGAACUGUCAGACCUGAAGGCAGAUAAAGUGGUUAUGUUCCAAAGAAGGCACUACAAGCUCUCUGUGGUGAUCCUUUGCUUCCUUGUGCCGACGUUGGUGCCCUGGUACUUCUGGGGUGAAUCCUUGCUUGUGGCAUACUUCAUCCCUGGACUCCUGAGAUACACCGUGAUGCUCAACGCCACCUGGCUGGUCAACAGCGCUGCGCACAUAUGGGGCAACAGGCCUUAUGACAAGACCAUUAACCCGAGGGAAAACUCACUGGUUGCUCUCAGCGCCAUAGGGGAAGGCUUCCACAACUACCAUCACACAUUCCCUUUUGACUACGCCAGCAGCGAGUUUGGCAUCAAGCUUAAUGUCACCACUGCCUUUAUAGACCUCAUGUGCGCCCUGGGUUUGGCCAAGGACCGCAAGAGGGUGUUGAAGGAAACGAUUGCCGCUCGCAGGCUGCGAACGGGUGACGGAGGCUACAAAAGUGGUUGAGUCCUAUUAGCUACAAACUCCGCAAAUUGAUACCAACAUGUUGAACCAAGACAGAACGUAGCAACAGCAGCAUUUCGGUGAUGAGAUGUGAUUACCAUGCUUCUGAUUAUAAGUUAAACCUAUUCCUGAGACUAAUAUUGGCUUUAAAGAGUUGUAGAACUUUCCAUAAAUUGUGUGGUUCUCUUUUAAGUUUUGAAGUGUCUUCACCGACUAUUAGCCGCAGCCAGUGACUUGACUACAUGUGCAAGCACAGCUUUUUCACCAUAAUAUAAAACAGGCAAGAAGAGAUUUAUAAAGGCUAAUUGGGAUUUAAGUCUCUUUUGGCAGCAGUAGGACAACCAAACAAGUGUGUGAGCGGUGUGUAAAAGCAGCAAUUAUUUACCGUAUCUCUUCUUUGUUAAUGUGCUAUUUAUUGAUAGUUGUUGGCACGUUGAAAGCUAUAUUGAAGCCAACGAGGUUUCUUUACAGGCAAGAUUGAGGGCCUUUUGCUCUAACUUCAAGUUUCAUUCCACAGAGAGUGGAGUUUCCUCUUGAUAUUUGUUUGUCUAUUUUAAGCUAAGGUUUUUCUUUAUUUUUGGUAAGCUAGUAGUCUUACUAAACCAUAAGCUGCCAUGUUCAAUGCCAACACCAAGACAGUCAACACUCUACUGAACUGUCCCCAUUUAUCCUACCUGAGUAACCCUGGGCGAAUACAGUUCAGAAGUGUUAUACUUUUGGAUACUUUCACACACACACACACACACACACACACACACACACACACACACACACACACACACACUGUCUCCAAGUGUCUAAGGGGCUCCUAAUGAGGAUUAGGUUCUCUGGUAUAACACAGUGUAUACCUCUGGUUAAGUUAUGAAGCCGUCACAGACUUCGUCAUUAACCCUUUUCAUGUAGACGCCUCUGGACUGAAACAUAGAACCAGAAUUCUCACUCUUAAUCUGAAAAGAGAGAAAUAUUUGCAUUUAUUUUGUAUUCAUUUAUUAUAUAUAUAUCUAUAUAUAUAUAUAUAUCUAUAUAUAUAUAUAUAUAUAUAUAUAUAUAUAUAUAUAUAUAAUAUAUAUAUUAUAUUAAGAGAUAAGGCCUCCCUCGCCCUGAGAUAAGGCUAAUGAGGCAUUUGGUGGAGGUGCAUUUACCUUUUGUGCUGUGUGAUUUCGAAACAUGUAUGACUCUUGCCCAUAUGCCUUAUGAGGGUUGCUAACUUGUUUCAAAAAGUAAAAGUGCAAGUUAUGGAACUAAAUUAGGGUUAGGGUUCGAUUUUCUGUCUAAACCCCUCAAAAACUGAAAUCCAAAGUGGGAUAAUUUAUAGAUUCUAAAAAAAUGAUGGGUUACUACGAUUAUUAACUUUUGUGUGACCAAACAAAUAUUUUGCUCUAAAACCAGAUCCAAACUUGUUAGGAUAUCAUUAAGGAUACUAUUGUAGUAUUUGUCACACGUCCUCUUUUACAGAGCAACAGUUUUUUACAGUGUUAACUUCUUGAAGUUUGAAUGCCUUAAAAAAUGGCACAGUUUUUUCAAAGAAUGUUUUUGCCCACUGUAUGUACCGUAAAUAAACCAAAUUUUCUACUUGUGAGAAAGUAUGUUUUGCUGUUUUUGUUGGAAUUCUGUAAUACUCCCUAUUCGUAUACUGAAUAAAAAAUAUGACCAUA